AUGCCGCGGUCUCGCAACACGUCCCCCGCCGAGGGACUGCGUGAGGCCCUCGACGGCAAAGUCGCCGAAUUGGGAGGCGUCGACAUCGACCACAGCCGCAUUUUUAGCCUCACCGACUACGACUACCCCGACCGGCACCUGCUGCGCUCUUUUUGCACCGCCCCUGCCAUCCCGUGGUCGGCCUUCAGCCCGAUGCGGGGCAUCACCGCACUGCCGCAGGAAUUGUGUGCCAAGAGCAUCAUGGAAAGCGUUGCGAAGCUCACCAGUAUGAACAGUGGCCGAAACAACGGUGCUAGUAACAACGCCACGGGUGCGAGGGGAAGCCACAACGGCAUCGCAGAGCCUAUGAGGUCCAUUGCGAGGUUUUUUGAGGAGCUCUGUCCUGACCUCUGCGGCAAGACGAAGGACGCGUUGUACCGGGGAGCCACCCACCUAAUAUUGGCUGUCGUCACUGGAAGCGUGGAGCCUGCGCGGCGCUGCCUAGAGCUUGGGGCGGAUCCGAACGAUAUGAGCUUUCUUAGCGACCCUGAUGUUGCUGUAAAUCAGAUGCAGCACGGCUACAGUGCAAUGUUCAUUGCCGUCAUCGCCGGAAGGUUGGACGUCAUCUCACUGCUGCGUGAAUUUGGCGGCAGCAUACAUGUCUACGAUCGCUGGGGCCGUACCCCGUUACACGCGGCGGUGGAGAUUGGAAAGCGGGAGGUGGUGGCGUGGUUGUUGGCUGAGGGGGCCCCGCGCUGCAUUGGGAGCUGUGUCACGAUGCUGCCGGACUCCGCUGCCUCCCCGGAACUGGCGCUGCCCAUUCCCGCCCUUCACAGCCGACCUGGGCCGUGCAGCCACGGCGACGCGGCUGUCUUGUGCCACUGCGGCUCGAAACGCCCAAAGGGGUACUGCGGUUGCGUGGACGACAUGUUCCUCCGCUGGUCGUACGAUCGCCUGCAGCAGCGCUGGCUCUCCGGCAUGGACCUGAGCGCCCUGUCGGCAUCGUGCACGUCAGGUCCCUGUGCCCCAUCCUGUGUGCGGUAG